CGCGUUCAAUAGUUAUUCGCAGAUUGUGUACGUGUCUCGUGUCGCACGAGGUGCGCCUUGCACCAAACUUUUUAACAAUAAUAAUUAAAAAUGAUUGAGCAAAAUUCUUACUCAGUAAUUUUGUUACAAUGAUUAAGUAUUUCAAUUAAGAUCAUUUCAUCAUCAUCCUUUUUUAUUUGUUAACAUCAGUUUUCUAAACUCGGUAUAUUUAUUUCGCCGUUUUUUCGUGUUAUCUUGCUACUUGAAAAAUGAAUGGAACAACUAAUGGUGAAAAAAAGGCCUACAGGCUAGUCCUUACUGGAGGCCCAUGUGGUGGCAAAACUACCGGCCAAGCAAGGUUGUGCACAUUUUUCGAAAAUAUGGGUUGGAAGGUAUUUCGGGUACCUGAGACCGCAACCGUUCUCUUGAGUGGAGGAGUGAAAUUUUCCGACCUGGAUGAAAAUGAAGGUAUAUGCGUGCGCUGCGUGUCUGUCCGUUUCGCUUUAGCUUUUAAUUAUUUUAAGGAAUUUGACGAGCCACAAUUGUUUCUUGAAAGAAUAAGAUACGGCUCGCAAGUCGCGGAUCAUAUUUGUCGUUCCGAAGGGGUGGAAUUGGCUCGUGAAUUAGAUUAUAAUGCGGCAGCAGCUUGGAUUGGUCAUCCAUAUUUUGAUGUUAUCGAUAACUCUACCGAUUUUGAAGGCAAAAUACGAAGAAUGAUUGGAGCGGUUUGCCAAAAAAUAGGAAUCGAUACUGGUGAUCGAUUACUAACCAAUUCUCGAAAACUCAAAUUCCUGGUAAAGGGUCCUUUACCCGCCGAUUCUGCUUUUCCACCCUUCCAAGAUUUUGAAGUUGUACAUAACUACCUUAUAUCUGAGCCUCCCAUCCAAGUCAGGUUAAGAAAGCGGGGUCAAAAAGGUUACUUUAGCUAUAUCCAUACUGUGAGGCGUCCCGUUAAAUAUGGCCAAGUAAUUGAAGUUAAGACGCAAAUAACUCAUCGUGAUUAUAUCAACUUGUUAGCCCAGAGAGACAAGUCGCAUUUUACAAUUUUCAAAAAACGUAGAUGCUUUUUGAUAAACAAUCAGUAUUUCCAACUUGAUAUAUACCAAGAACCCACACAUCCUAGAUGUAAAGGUCUUAUAUUUCUGGAAACAUACACAGCUUUAGACGAGGCGAUAAUGCAGGAGCGAUUGCCAAAGUUCCUGAAUAUUGUCAAAGACGUUACGGGAAACCCCGACUAUUCCAUGUAUAACUUGUCUUUACGAGAAGAUUGGAAAACAUCCAAAAAAUUCGCCAGUUCUGUAAUUGGUACCUACACAGUUAAAAGUUCCCAAGAAUUACCCUGCAAUGGAUUAAUGGGAAAUAGUCUCGAUAAAAAAGCCGAUCAAGACAAAGUUAUUUCGACUGAUACGGAAAAAAUAACCAAAAAUCGACUGUGUAACAUCAAAGCUUAGAAGUCAACUUAAUGUUUACCAAUUUAGAAAAAUUACGUUUAUCAUUGUGAUUAUUAUUGCUAUUUAUUUCUGCUAGUUAUGUAUUAUAUUAUAUAAUUAUAUGUAUUACUAUCACCCUUAGAACUUAAAACACUAGCUGAACAUAGAAAAGAAAGGGAAAAUAUUUUAUUCACUUAGGUAUUAUCUAAUAGGAAAUUUUUCCUUCGUAGUAAAUUGUUUUUGUAUAUCACUCUGCCUUACAUUUUUAUUUUCAAACAGCAUUAUCUUAUGUAGAAAGGCUUAUAGUUACAUGUAGUGACCGGUGCUAUUAGAAUCUGUUAUAUUUAAUUAUUCGAUCUUCUAAGGGUUUGGCAGUAUUUUCCAAAGUAUAAUAUUUUUAUAAUAACUAACAGCCAGAAUUAACUCUGACGUACCUGAAUUUACCGUUUCAAAGUCGGAAAAACUAUUAACUUCAUUAUCUUUCUUGUACUUAAACACUCACAAUUUUCAUACACUGCAAAAAAUUAAAGGCUAGUUUAUUUAACUGCCACAUUUGUUUAAUAAUGGAGCUUAUUUAUUUGCCAUUUGCAUUAUAUAAAUAAGAAUUGAUCAUGUAAUUUUAUGUGAAAAUUUGAGAUCAGUCAAUUUCUGUAUAUUUUGUUUACUUUCAGGUAAUUGUAAUUUUCAAAUGUAAUUUUAAUAAAAUGUCCAGAAAA